AUGCAAAGACCCAACCAGACCUUUGUAACAGAGUUCAUCCUUCUGGGCUUCUCCCUGAGCCCCAGGACCACACCUCUGCUCCUGUCAGCCUUUCUGGUGGUUUAUCUGUUGAUUAUUCUGGGCAAUGGCUUGAUCUUCAUCCUCAUCUGCUUGGACUCACACCUCCAUACCCCUAUGUAUUUCUUCAUUGGCAUUCUUUCCAUGUUGGACUUAGGCUAUACCACCACAACUGUGCCCCAGAUGUUGGCACAUCUGGCCAGCCAGAAGAAGACAAUCUCUUACUCCAGGUGUGUGGCUCAAAUGUACAUUUUCUUGGUGCUGGGUGUCACAGAGUCUUGGCUCUUUGCCAUCAUGUCCAUAGACAGGUAUGUAGCCAUCUGCCACCCACUCAGAUACAAGGUCAUCAUGAGCCCAUGCCUAUGUGCGGUAAUGGCCAUUUUCUGUGGGCUCUGUGGUGUCGCCUCUGCUCUUGUCUACACCAUCUUCGCCAUGCGCCUCCUCUACUGUGGCCCCAACAAGAUCAACCACUUCUUCUGUGAAGUCCCUGCAGUCUUAAAGCUGGCUUGUGCAGACACCUCAGUCAAUGACCGAGUAGACUUCAUCCUUGGGUUUAGUGUCAUCCUGAUCCCCUUGUCCCUUAUCCUUGUCAUCUAUAUCAACAUCUUUACUUCCAUCUUGAAGAUCCGUUCAGCACAAGGGCGACUGAAAGCCUUCUCCACCUGCGCAUCCCAUAUCACUGUGGUCACCAUGUUCUGUGUGCCAGCCAUGGUCAUGUACAUGAAGCCUGGCUCCAAGGCCUCCCCAGAAGAGGACAAGAAGCUUGCCUUAUUCUACAAUGUCAUUUCUGCUUUCCUCAACCCUGUCAUCUAUAGUCUCCGGAACAAGGAUGUGAAGAGGGCUUUCCUCAAGGUAACAGGCCGGGGUAGACCCCCAGAAUGAGCCCCUUGGAGGACACGGAAGCAACUCAUUCUAUAUUAUCAUUGUCCAAGAACCGAUCCACGUGAUAGCAGCACCCAUGCACACUCCCCUUUCUACCUCUCAUUUCAGCUCUGUAUAGGUCCUUUGGGGCUCACCCCCUACUCAGCUGGUGGAAGAGGACACUGAGAAAUCUCUCCCAGGCACAUCAGCACUCCCCCCCCCUUUGUUCUAGAGAGCCUAGGUGCGUCAUAAAACAGGAGAUGUCUGAUCCGGAAAAUAUUUUACUAAACUAAAGGGAAUGUGCCUGGGAGGAUUCCCUGUGACCAUGUCUUGAGAAAGGCUCACUGCCUUGUGGAGACCAUGAAUUCCU